CCCCCCCUCUCGCUCCCUCCCUCCCUCCCUCGUCUCUCUCUCCUCUCUCUCUCUCUAUCUGACCACCUUCCCAGAUACCGACACUUUUCGCCUUCCCUAUUAUAUCACUCAAUAUUAUACGCGCUCUCUCUCUCUAACCCCCCAACUUUCUCUCUCUCUUUCUGUAGACUUUUUUCAAGGGGAAGGAAGACUUGUACAGUAGAAGAAGAGGAAGAAGAAGAAGAACUGUGGGGGAAAGGUCAUCUGAUUUGAGUAAUUUCCAGUUUAUGUCUUUGUAGGAAAGGGUAGUUUGAGAAAUAGGAAUCUGUACGUAUUGAAGUUCUUGAUAGUUCGGGUUAAAUUUGGGAUUUGCUGCACCAGAGGAUGAUAAUAUUUGAUGAAAUGGGUUUUUGUGGGGAUCUUGAUUUCUUCUCUGCUCCACUUGGGGAAGGAGAUGCGAUCACAUCGCUAACUGAACCCGAGGCAGUUGUUGAGGAUGAUUACACAGAUGAAGAGAUUGAUGUGGAUGAGCUUGAGAGGAGAAUGUGGAGGGAUAAAAUGCGAUGGAAGCGACUCAAGGAACAAAAAAAGGGUAAGGAAGGAAUUGAUGCUGCCAAGCAACGGCAAUCCCAGGAACAAGCAAGAAGAAAGAAGAUGUCUAGGGCACAAGAUGGGAUUUUGAAAUACAUGUUGAAGAUGAUGGAAGUUUGCAAAGCUCAAGGUUUUGUUUAUGGGAUUAUCCCAGAGAAGGGAAAGCCCGUGAGCGGUGCAUCUGACAAUCUUAGAGAGUGGUGGAAGGACAAAGUGAGAUUUGAUCGUAAUGGUCCAGCUGCAAUAGCAAAAUACCAAGCGGAUCAUUCAAUUCCUGGCAAGAAUGAGAGCUGUAAUUUAGUUGGUCCUACCCCACACACCUUGCAAGAGCUUCAAGACACCACCCUUGGUUCUCUGUUGUCAGCCCUCAUGCAGCAUUGUGACCCCCCACAGAGGCGGUUCCCCUUAGAGAAAGGUGUUCCCCCACCAUGGUGGCCUACUGGGAAUGAAGAAUGGUGGCCUCAAUUGGGUUUACAGAUGAAUCAAGGCCCUCCGCCUUAUAAGAAGCCUCAUGAUUUGAAGAAGGCAUGGAAGGUGGGUGUUCUAACAGCAGUGAUUAAGCACAUGUCACCUGAUAUUGCUAAGAUUCGUAAGCUUGUUAGGCAGUCUAAGUGUUUGCAAGACAAGAUGACAGCCAAGGAGAGUGCAACUUGGAUUGCUAUCAUCAACCAGGAGGAAGCCUUGGCCCGAGAACUUUAUCCUGACCGUUGCCCCCCUUUGUCCUCGGCUGGUGGGAGUGGAUCUUAUGUCAUUACUGACAGCAGUGAGUAUGAUGUCGAAGGGACUGAUGAGGAGCCAAACUUCGAUGUGCAGGAGCAGAAACCCAACAAUCUCAGUUUGUUGAAUGUGGGGAUGGAGAGAUUUAAAGAUAGGCUGCCAGUUCAACAACUCUCACAUCUGAUAAAGGAUGAAGUUACAACCAACUUGGAUUUUACCAGGAAGCGGAAGCCAGCCAAUGAACUGAACAUGAUGAUGGAUCAUAAGGUCUAUACAUGUGAGUUUCUUCAAUGUCCUCAUAGUGAACUCUGCCAAGGUUUUCAUGACAGGUCUUCCAGAGACAAUCAUCAAUUGAUUUGCCCAUAUAGAAGCAAUUUUUCGGAGUUUGGAGGUUCAAACUUCCAUAUUAACGAAGUGAAACCAGUCUUCCCUCCAGCUUUUGUCCAACAACCUAAGCAGCCAGCCGCUCCACUGGUUAGUUCAGUUGCACCUUCCUUUAAUCUAUCAGGACUUGGAGUUCCAGAAGAUGGGCAGAAAAUGAUCAGUGAGCUUAUGUCAUUUUACGAUGCUAAUAUUCAAGGGACCAAGAACUCAAAUCCCGGAAGCAUUGCUGUUGGUAGAGAUCAUACUCUCUCACAAUCAAAUAUUCAGUGUCAACAGGACAGCUACCUCCAUGGCCAAGGAAGGGUUGGGAUAGAAGGUAAUAUGUUUGAAGGAACUAAGGUAUCCAUGAACCGUUCUUUGUUUUCACAAGAGGAAGACAGGUUUGACCAGUGCAGGGGUUUGAAUUCCCCAUUUGAGGCCAAUCACAAUGAAAACUUCCAGAUGAUUUUUGGCUCUCCCUUCAAUCUUCCAUCUGUUGAUUAUACUGAGGGCUUCCCCGGAGUUGCAAGGGAUAGCCUCCCAAAGCAGGAUGUUCCGAUUUGGUACUGAUAAGAAGAUUGCUGCAAUGAAUGUCAAAUUGUCAAUCAUUUAGGCUCUAUGGAACCCCAUAUUCUCAUGAAUGGACCUCUACCUAUUAAGAGAUUUGCUCCCGGUCUGGUGAAAACUCCAUCCCUUAGCCGAUAAUUAUGUUUUGUUUCCUCAAGUUUGAUGGGCUUACAGCUCCAGAAUUAGUGUAAUAAACAAUUGGGGCUGGUGGUCCAAUAUUCGACCUUGCUGUUGAAUUGUAGACUUUUAGUUGUUAUAUAAAUAAGUUAGUCGCAUAUUUUCUUAUAUAAUUAAGCACAACCAUCCUCUUAGAAAUAGAAUCUUCUUGUGCUGUACCGUUGUUAGAAUUUCUAUUGGUUUUUUGUUGAAUAGAAUGUGGAUUGACUUUCUCCAUA